AUGCAUCAACUACUUCUCAUCCUGCUAUUAACGAAGCUAAGUAACGGUCAGUACAUAAACAAUGAUGACUCGUCCAGCAUUUCAUUGCCACCUGCACCUAAAAUCCCCAUCGACGUCACCAACGUUGGUCUCUUAUCUCAAAGUGAAUCAUUAACAAAACGUGGUGAGUUCCCUUCGGAUGCCAUUCCCAUCGGCUGUUAUUGUAUGGAGAAAGAGUGUAGUUCCACGGUAAAACCCAUUCGAGGUUCGCCUAUCAUUGGAACUGCAUCAUCUAACGGCAAAUAUUUCUCGUCCAGUACAAAAGUCCAAGCCAAACAAGGCGAAGUAUUAUUUUUACUCAUGCUCAAUGCAUCGGUGCAGUUCAGCAAUACCUUUCCGACGCGAACACGUUAUUGGCAAAUAUUAAAGAGCACUGAAACGGUUGUAGGAGCAGACGAAACAUAUCACGUUGAUUAUGAGUACACGCGUGGUAUUGAACUAACUAAAACGAACGAUUUAGGCCUACGCUUAGGUGUCCAUGUUCCUGUUGGACUUUUCCCUGAUCUCGAAGCCAAACUGUCUAUGAGUUUUCAGGAAAACAUUAAUAUUAUUGAAAAGGAAACUGUUCCUCAACAGUGUGAUUUUCCUGCGAAAAAUGUCUCACAAAGAAUUGGUAUUUACCAGUUACACGAAACAUACGCUAUUCAUUCUGACCAAGUGAUAUUGAAUUAUAUAAUUGAGCAGAAUAAACGUUCUGUUGAACAUUGUACUUGGUUCUUUGAUCUAUUAGCCAAGAAAUGCACUUGCACCUAUCGAGUGCUCGAUUCACUAGAAUAUCUAACAGAAAAACUAUUACCAGUUAGCGGUGAUGAUUUAAAUCCGACUGUAGCUGAACUCAUGCGACCUUCUGAAAGUAUUCAGGAAAAGAUACCCAUAGUACGCAAUAAAUACUGGGGUCUAAAGAUUUUUAUGAUCAUUUUUUUAUCACUAUUAACACUUGUUCUGAUAGUCGUUUCCGCUUUGUUUGGCAGACGACUUUUCCGUCGAAUACGAUAUCGUACGAGUGGAGAAGAUGCUCGGGAAUUCGUUGAACAAGAAAAUAAUUAG